AUGUUGUUGAUGAAGUUUCUGCAAAAGUUGUCUGUUGAAGCAGAACUUGAAAAAGAAGUCGUAAAAACUAGAAGAGAACAGGAAAAUUCCAGCGGAACAAAGGAGAUGAACGAAGGACCCGAUUCUAAAAGAGAUUGUUUGGAUAUUGUACCUCUAUCUACAGUUGUUGUCUCCUGGGAAGACCGCUCAGAAAAGGAACCUGGUCUCACAAAAUCAUCUGCAAAGAAAAAUCCUGAAAGAAAAGAGAUAAACUCAUAUGAGGAUAUAGCUUUGGGAAAGUUCCUCAAGUGUAGAACUAAAAGUGCACAUUCAAAAGUACGUAAAAGCAAGGGUAAACCCACAUCCGCUCGAGAAAAAGGACCUCCUAUCACUAGACGAAGGGCCACAUCACAACUCUACUCUGCUCUUCAAGGUAAUAAGGAGAAGAGCACUAGAAGGAAUAGAAAGUUGGCAAAAGUAGUCAACUUGAGUCGUUUGAUAGAUGAAGAGAAAGUUGUGACUGUGUCUGAUAAAGAAGAAGAAGAAGAAGAGACAGAGGAGGAAGCUCCUCUAGAAAGAAACAAUUCAAAUGGAAAGAAGAGAUCUGUAAUUGAUGAAAAGAAAAAUGUGGGUAAGGUGGAAGCUGAGAAAGUCACUGAAAAAAUAGGAAAGGAAAAGGAAGUGACCCCCUCUCCUAAGAAGAGAAAGAGCCCAGUCAGUGGGGAAGUAGGUCCCUUUAAGAAAAGAAAAGUAAUCUCGACUGAAGGACCUGGUUCCAGCAAAAAGGGAAAAUCUAAAAGGGAUGAAGAAAACUUGAGACAAGAAAAUUUAAGAGGUCAAAAAGUGUUUCUUGGCGGAGUGUUUGAUCCAGAGGCAAUUGGGAACCAAGGAUUUGAUGAUUUAGUAGAGAUCUUGAGAGCUCAGAGUUGGGAUCAUCUUCUUGAAAGGCCUGCAUUAGUCACUGAGAAGGCAGUAGCGGAUUUCUUUGUGAAUCUGUAG